AUGGGGAGGCGCGAGAUGAACGGGCGGCUAUCGGCCGAGUACCAGGGCCUGGAGGUGAAGGUGCCCAACCUGUUCCGGUGCCCCAUCUCGCUGGACGUGAUGCGCUCCCCCGUGAGCCUCUGCACGGGCGUCACCUACGAGCGCGCCUCCAUCCAGCGCUGGCUCGACUCCGGCAACACCACCUGCCCGGCCACCAUGCUCCCGCUCCCCUCCACCGACCUCGUCCCCAACCUCACCCUGCGCCGCCUCAUCGCGCUGUGGGCGUCCACGGCCGCGCCCUCCUCUCCCUCCUCCUCCUCCUCCUCCUCACCGCCCGCGGCGUCGGCCGUCGGGCCCACGCCGGCCGCCGCCGCGGCCGAGCUCCUCCGCCGGGUCGCUGACCCCGGCGCCGACCCCUGCCCCCCGCUCCGGAAGCUCGCGGCUUUCCUCUCCGACGACGACGUGGACGAGUUCGACAAGAACGCGCUGGCUCGGGCCAGCGGCGCAGCGGAGACCGUGGCGUCCGUGCUGCUGCGGAGGUCGGCGGACAGGGAGGCCGCGGAGGCCGCCGUGCGUGUGCUGGCGGCGAUCGCGGCGUCCGACUGCAUCGAGGAGGAGAGCAAGAGGCGCGUGGCCGCGGCGCUGGCAGCCGACGCGGCGUCCGCGGCCGCGGCCCUGGCGCGCGUGCUGCGGAGCGGGACCUCGCUGGAGGCGCGCGUGGACGCGGCGAGGCUUGUGGAGUCGCUGCUCCGCAAUGCGGCGGCGUCGGCAGUCCCGGGCGCGCGGGCGGCGGUGGCGGAGUCCGACGAGCUGGUCGGCGAGCUGAUCCGCCUCGUGGGCCCCGCGGACGACGACAAGAAGAAGAAGAGCGGCGGCGGCGGCCUGGCCCUGGACAGGCAGGCCGUGGCGGCGGGGCUGUCGUGCCUGGCGGCCAUCGCGGCGACGCGGCGCGGCGCCCGCGCCGAGAUGGUCCGUCUGGGCGCCGUGCCCGCGGCCGUGCGCGUGCUGGAAGCCGACGACGCCGGGUCCACGAGCCAGGCGCUCCGCGUGCUGGAGGCCGCGGUGGGGUGCGCCGAGGGCCGCGCCGCGGUGUGCGAGUCGGCGGGGACCGCGGUGCCCGCGGUGGUGUCCAAGAUGAUGAAGGGCGGGAUGGGCGGCGCGGAGGCGGCGGUGUCGGUGCUGUGGGCGGUGUGCCACCGGUACCGGGACCGGCGCGCCGUGGAGGCCGCGGCGGCGUGCGAGGGCGGGCUCACCAAGCUGCUGCUGCUGAUGCAGAGCGGGUGCUCGGCGGCGAGAAGGCAGAUGGCGUCGGAGCUGCUCAAGAUCUUCCGGGUGAACGGCAAGAGCUGCGUCGCGGGGUACGACUCCAAGACCAGCCACAUCAUGCCCUUCUGA